CAGCAGCGUCGAGUCGAGCGACGCCGUUCACCGGUUCACAUUCUUCGGUCGUCUACGGUCGAAGGAAGUACGCGGCUUUUGUUUGUACUUGCAUUACGUACGUUUACGAUCGACGCGCAUCUACAAGCCCUGCUGCUGUCGUUUUCGGUGAAAAUCAGUGCGAUCAGGAUGUGGCGUGAACCUCCAGGAGGGGGGUGUAAAGCACCUACCUACAUCUUCGCUAUGAUUCUACUGGCUCUACUGGCAUUGACGAAUGUUGCUAUCGCUGAGGAUGAAUCUAUGGGACCCGUUUUCGUUAAGGAACCACCAAACAGAGUCGACUUUUCAAAUGGAACUGGAGCUGUCGUUGAAUGCCAGGCUAGAGGAAAUCCCCAACCGGACAUUAUCUGGGUUCGUGGAGAUGGCACUGCUGUUGGAGACGUUCCUGGAUUGAGACAGGUCCUACCGAAUGGAAAUUUGGUCUUCCCUCCUUUCCGUGCCGAGGAUUAUCGUCAAGAGGUUCAUGCUCAGGUUUACAGCUGUCUCGCACGUUCCCCAGCCGGUUCAGUUCACAGCCGAGAUGUUAAUGUAAGAGCCGUGGUCGGGCAGUACUUUGAAGUUCAGGUUUACGACCAGUUCGCGAUACGUGGCAACGCGGCCAUUUUCAAAUGUCAAGUUCCCUCCUUCGUAGCAGACCACGUGGAUGUUGUAGGUUGGAUCGACUCGAAUGGCGGAAGUUAUGUUGCCGACGACCAGUCAUACGAUGGAAAAUACUUGGUUUUGCCCUCUGGAGAAUUGCACAUCAGAGAUGUUGGACCUGAAGACGGAUACAAGACCUAUCAAUGCCGCACGAAACACAGACUCACCGGAGAAACAAGAUUAUCUGCUACUAAGGGACGUCUCGUCAUUACCGAGCCCGUUGGAAGCGUACGCCCAAAGAUUCCUUCUACAGAUGACAUCCGUGGCUUCAGAGCACUAGUCAACGGUUCGCAAGCCCUGUUGUGCCCAGCACAGGGGUUCCCCGUUCCUUUGCACAGAUGGUACAAGUUUAUUGAAGGCUCCUCCCGUCGUCAACCUGUUCAGCUAAAUGAUCGUGUUCGUCAGGUCAGCGGUACUUUGAUUAUUCGUGAGGCUCGUGUUGAGGAUUCCGGCAAAUAUCUUUGCAUCGUUAAUAAUUCCGUUGGUGGUGAAAGCGUGGAAACUGUUUUGACCGUUACUGCACCCCUUGCCGCUGAAAUCGAACCCAGCACACAGACAGUUGAUUUUGGAAGACCAGCUACUUUCAAUUGCAACGUUAGAGGCAAUCCGAUUAAGACGAUUUCAUGGUUGAAAGAUGGCAAGCCACUUGGACUCGAGGAACCAGUACUUAGGAUCGAAAGUGUUAAGAAGGAAGACAAGGGAAUGUAUCAAUGCUUCGUUAGAAAUGAUCAGGAAAGUGCUCAAGCUACUGCUGAAUUGAAACUUGGAGGAAGAUUCGAACCACCACAGAUCCGUCAGGCUUUCACCGAGGAGACUCUUCAACCCGGACCCAGCAUGUUCUUGAAGUGUGUUGCCAGUGGAAACCCUACACCAGAAAUAACCUGGGAACUCGAUGGAAAACGGCUAUCUAACACGGAAAGAGGACAAGUAGGACAAUACGUUACGGUCAAUGGUGAUGUCGUCUCUCAUUUGAACAUCUCUAGCAUUCAUACCAACGAUGGAGGUCUUUACAAAUGUAUUGCUGCAUCAAAGGUUGGCUCUGCUGAACACUCUGCUCGUCUUAAUGUUUACGGCUUACCCUUCAUUCGUCAUAUGGACAAGAAAGCUAUCGUCGCUGGUGAAACUCUACGUGUUACUUGCCCCGUUGCUGGUUAUCCUAUCGAAAGUAUUGUAUGGGAACGUGACACCAGGGUACUUCCGAUCAACAGAAAACAAAAGGUCUUCCCGAAUGGCACUCUCAUCAUUGAAAACGUCGAACGAAUGAGCGAUCAGGCUACGUACACGUGUGUUGCCAGAAAUGCACAAGGUUACAGCGCUCGAGGAACAUUGGAAGUUCAAGUUAUGGUUGCACCGCAGAUCGCGCCCUUUUCGAUCGGGGAUGAACCGGUUAAUUGGGGAGAGCAGGUUUCGGCGAUUUGUAGUAUCGUCAAGGGUGAUUCACCGAUCGAUAUUCAAUGGAGCUUAAACGGCGAACCGAUCACUGCUCGCACGCAUCCAGACAUAACGAUCCAGAAAACAGGCAAAAAGACGUCUCUACUGACCAUCGACUCUGUAACCGCGCACCAUGCUGGCGAGUACAGUUGUGUCGCGAGCAAUUUGGUUGGAUCUGUCACUCGUUCGGCCGUUCUCUCAGUUAAUGUCGCACCACAAAUAGCACCGAUAUCCUUUGGCGAAGAACCGGUCAACGCAGGUGACUUAAUCUCCAUACAAUGCGUCGUUACUAAGGGCGAUUCUCCUCUGGAGGUCACUUGGACGUUCGAUGGUCGUCCUAUAAAUCACGAUCGGAUGGAUGUGAUUGUAUCUGAUUCCGGAAAACGCGUGAAGCAAUUGAUCAUCGAGUCCGUCGCUGCGAGACAUGCCGGGGAAUAUACCUGUGUUGCAUCAAAUGCGGCUGGUUCAACGUCUCAUUCGGCCAAGUUGGACGUCAACGUCUCCCCGCAUCUGCAGCCGUUCUCGUUCGAUGAGGCCAACUCCGGUGAUCUGAUAAUCGUCCAUUGCGCGGUCGUAAAGGGGGACACGCCGAUUUCGCUCAAGUGGUUGUUCGAGGGACGCCAUUUAGAAGUAGGAGACGGAGUGGGUAUCACCGCGUUGGGGGAUAGAGUAUCGGCCUUGACGAUACCGACCGUAAGGGGAGAACAUGCCGGAGAAUAUGCUUGCGUCGCCGAUAAUCCAGCCGGUCGUGCUAGGCACAGUGCACAUCUCAAAGUGAACGUGCCACCUCGUUGGAUUUUGGAACCUACUGAUAAAGCUUUCGCACAAGGCUCUGAUGCACGCGUUGAAUGUAAAGCCGAUGGUUUCCCGAAGCCCCAGAUCACAUGGAAGAGAGCUGCUGGAGAUACUCCUGGUGAUUAUACUGACUUGAAAUUGAGCAAUCCCGAUAUUAGUGUUGAAGAUGGAACCCUCUCGAUCAAUAACAUUCAAAAGACCAAUGAAGGCUACUAUCUUUGCGAGGCUGUUAACGGUAUUGGAGCUGGACUUUCUGCUGUCAUUCUCAUCUCUGUUCAAGCACCUCCUCACUUUGAGAUCAAGCUCAGAAAUCAGACCGCACGACGUGGUGAACCAGCUGUAUUACAAUGCGAGGCACAAGGCGAGAAACCAAUUGGCAUUUUAUGGAACAUGAACAACAAGAGGCUCGACCCGAAGAGUGAUUCACGUUAUACCAUUCGAGAAGAGAUUUUGGCUAAUGGUGUUCUGUCUGAUCUUAGUAUUAAGAGAACUGAAAGAACUGACUCGGCUUUGUUUACCUGUGUUGCAACGAAUGCUUUUGGCAGUGAUGAUACAAGCAUCAACAUGAUUGUUCAAGAGGUACCGGAAGUUCCUUAUGGUCUUAAAGUAUUGGAUAAGUCUGGACGUUCAGUUCAAUUGUCAUGGGCAGCUCCAUACGACGGAAAUAGUCCCAUUAAACGAUACGUUAUCGAAUACAAAAUCAGCAAGGGCUCCUGGGAAACCGAUAUCGAUAAAGUACUUGUGCCUGGCUCUCAACAAAACGUAGCUGGUGUGUUCAAUCUGAGACCUGCCACGACUUAUCAUCUCCGAAUUGUCGCUGAAAACGAAAUUGGAACGUCUGACCCAUCUGAUACCGUAACUAUUAUCACUGCCGAAGAAGCUCCAAGUGGCCCACCUACUUCCGUCAGAGUCGAUGCUCUUGAUCAACAUACUCUCAAGGUAACCUGGAAACCACCCCCACGUGAAGACUGGAACGGCGAGAUUCUUGGCUAUUAUGUCGGCUACAGGCUUUCAUCCUCAGACAAACCAUACAUGUUUGAAACUGUUGAAUUCUCUAAGGAAGAUGGAAAGGAACAUCACUUGCAGAUCAUGAAUCUUAAGACCUACACUCAAUACAGCGUCGUUGUUCAAGCAUUCAACAAAGUUGGUUCUGGACCGAUGAGCGAGGAACGAAGACAACACACGGCCGAAGGUGUACCCGAACAACCACCCCACGAUACGACUUGUACUACUCUCACUUCGCAAACUAUCAGAGUUUCAUGGAUGUCGCCUCCUCUUAGUGCUGCAAAUGGUGUUAUUACUGGUUACAAGGUCAUUUACGGUCCAUCUGAUACCUGGUAUGAUGAGAAUACGAAGGAUACCAAGAUCACCUCCUCCAGCGAAACCAUUUUACAUGGCUUGAAGAAAUACACAAAUUACAGCAUGCAAGUUUUGGCCUUUACUUCUGGUGGCGAUGGCGUUAAAUCUGCACCGAUCCAUUGUCAAACUGAACAAGAUGCCCCUGAAGCACCAAUCGCCGUAAAAGCACUCGUCAUGUCUCCUGAAUCGAUUCUCGUUUCUUGGCGCCCACCAAAUCAACCAAAUGGAGUAAUAUCGCAAUACACUGUUUACACUAAAGCUGACAAUGCAGAGGAACCAACUAGCCAGAAAGUACCACCAAAUCAAUUGACUUACGAAGCUACUGGACUUGAUAAACAACGUAGAUACCAAUUCUGGGUAACUGCUAGCACGAACAUUGGUGAAGGAGAAGCUUCUAAGAUUGUGACAUUGGGACCAAGUGUACGAGUACCGGCCAAGAUUGCAUCAUUCGACGACAAAUUCACUGCGACUUACAAGGAAGAUGUAAAACUACCCUGUCUUGCUGUUGGCGUACCUGCACCGGAAGUAACAUGGAAAGUACGAGGCUCUGUUCUUCAACCCAGUGACAGAUUGAGACAAUUACCAGAAGGAUCUCUAUUCAUUAAAGAAGUCGACCGUGCCGAUGCUGGAGAAUAUUCAUGCUAUGUUGAAAACUCUUUUGGACAUGAUACCGUUACUCACCAACUCAUCGUUAAUGCUCCACCACAUUCACCACAAGUCACUCUUACUGCUACCACCACGAAUUCGCUUACGAUGAAAUUGCGACCUCACCCAACUGAUAAUGCACCUAUUCAUGGAUAUACGAUUCACUACAAACCUGAGUUUGGCGACUGGGAAACUGUUCAAAUUAGUUCUACGGCACAGAAAUAUACUUUGGAAAACUUAUGGUGCGGUUCUCGAUAUCAGAUCUAUGUUACGGCUUAUAAUGGCAUUGGCACUGGCGACCCAUCAGAUAUUUUGAACACUCGUACCAAAGGAUCUAAACCCAUCAUUCCUGAAGCAGCAAGAUUUAUUGAAGUAUCAACCAACAGCAUUACUCUUCACUUGAGCGCUUGGUCUGACGGUGGCUGCCCCAUGUUAUACUUUGUCGUUGAGCAUAAGAAGAAGCAUCAGCAAGAAUGGAAUCAGGUAUCGAACAAUGUUAAACCAGGCGGUAACUUCGUAGUUUUGGAUUUGGACCCUGCUAGCUGGUAUCAUCUUCGUGUUACGGCUCAUAAUAAUGCCGGAUUCGCGGUAGCCGAGUAUGAAUUUGCAACUUUGACUGUAACUGGAGGUACGAUUGCUCCGCCGGUACGUAACGAUGAUAACAAGAAUACCGACGUCAGACGUUAUUUCCCAUGGUUACCGAGUUGGCUCGAUGUUAACGUUGUAGUACCGGUUGGAGCUACGAUCGUUGUCAUUAUCGUAGGAAUUGUCGUCAUUUGCGUCGCAUUGUCUAGACGAACCCGAGGCCCGGAACAAACACGGCUGCGAGGUAUCUCUUCAGCCGACGAGAAAUAUUACGAGGGACAAUAUGAUGUAGUAUAUCAACAAACCGGUGUUGGUGGCGCUACACUCGACAAACGCAGGCCUGAUCUCCGAGAUGAAUUAGGAUACAUCGCACCACCGAAUCGCAAACUUCCACCUGUUCCUGGCUCCAACUAUAACACUUGCGAUCGCAUCAAGCGAGGUACAGUGAUAAGUACAACAGGUUCGUUGAGAAGCCAUUCAACGUGGGAUCCAAGGAGGCACAUGUAUGAGGAAUUAAAUCAUUGUGCACCAAGCAGAAGGUGCCCACCUCCACCGCGUAUGGGCAGUUCGGAGGGCCUCUCUCACAGAGGCAUGGAAGAUGAGAUCUGCCCGUACGCCACUUUCCACUUAUUAGGAUUCCGUGAAGAAAUGGACCCGAGCAAGGCUAUGCAAUUCCAGACUUUCCCUCACCAAGGAAAUGGACAUUCCGGAACUAUGGGACCACCAGUUGGACAUCCGACUAACGCUUCUGCUCACAGUCGCUCUGGAUCUCAAUCUAUGCCCCGUCAGAACGGCCGAUACUCUAGAGUACCAUCCCAAGGAGGUGGCAGCGGAACCCACGUUUUCUCUCCCGAAUAUGACGAUCCUGCUAAUUGCGCUCCUGAAGAAGAUCAAUACGGCUCUCAAUAUGGACAAUACGGUGCUCCUUAUGAUCAUUAUGGAUCUCGUGGAUCGGUUGGCCGUCGUAGCGUUGGAUCUGCUCGUAACUUACCUGUUUCUGGAUCACCUGAACCACCUCCACCACCACCAAGGAAUCACGAUCAGAACAACUCGAGUUUCAACGACAGCAAGGAAAGCAACGAGAUUAGUGAAGCUGAAUGUGACCGUGAUCAACUUGUCAACCGCAACUAUGGCGUGAAUGCUCGCGGCAAGGACGGCAUGACCACCGAGGAGAUGCGUAAACUCAUAGAGAGGAAGCCAAACGAAGCCCCCGGCCGGCAAACCGGUAGUCCCCACGGCGGUCACGGGGGACUCCUCACACCCUACGAUACUGUGGCAGUGUAACCUGUAAAUCCAUCAUCAUCCAUGGUCUUCCGACUCUCUCGUUGACUGCGACCGAAGAUUCGAGAGAAACGGAAACGAAGCGCACGCUAACUCUUCCCCCGGUGCUGUCGUCGGUCCAAUUUGUAAUGAUUUUAAUGAUUUAAAAAAGAAAAAAAAAAAGAAAAACUAAAAAAAAAACAGAAAAACAAAAACAAAUCACAAAAUAACAUCGUCGCGAAUAGAUUCUAAAAUUUGAUGAAUUAAAUUUGAAAAAGGUUGUAUACAUGUUUAUCAGAUGUACGUACGUACGAGACAACGAGCAUCGUCCUCGCGACGAGGACCACCUCCUUCGGCCGUUCUUGACCAUAUCUCGAAUGACUUCUAUAUUCUCGUUGGCCUUUUCUCUUUGUUUUGUCUCUUGUUUAGAUUUCUUCUAAUUUUUUCUUUUUUAUUUCAUUUAUUAGUAUUGACUUUUGAUUUUCCCUCAUUUUAUCAAAGGCCAGACUCGAAACUGCCUCUCUAAUUGACUGCCUAACGAGGACGAAGGAGGUCGAAAAGGUCGACGGCUAAAAAUAAAAAUAAUAACAAUCGAUUAGCGAGUUCGUCACACAAGAGUUGUCUCUUCUCGGAUCUCACGCGCUUCGUGAUACCCGGUAUAGGUUCGCGGACGCUCUCGUACGACAGCGAAACAAAACGAAAUAACAAUAAGGAAAUAGCAUACAAACAUAUAGGAAAUGCAUAUAUGAAAAAAAAAAAAAAGAAAAAAAAAAUAGUAAAACGAAAAAAAACAA